ACCAGUGUAGACGUCACAGCCGUGCUAUGUAUGGUUAGCGGAUUGAGAAGAGCAGAAAGUUUACAGCUCAUGUAACUCUCUCAGGAUGAAUGGAACAGCUUACUCCAACUUUGACAAUCAAGAACACGUCCUGAAAUUAGGAGAGACGUUUGAGAAACACCCUAGAAGUGCCUACCACACAGUGAGAUGUAAGUGAAAGAUUUGAAUCACUGGCUUUAGCUGAAGCUAACGGUUGCAUGCUAGUUAGCUUGGAAGCUAAAAAUCAGAAAACAGAUGUUUCACUAUUUUGCAAGGAUAGGUGGCUCGGCAGUUCUUUUUUAUUUGCCUGUAGUUGGCAGGUUUAGUUCUUAAACAGGCUUAUGUAUUUAUCGUUGUCUUUAUAGACAAAAUUACUUGAAACUUUUACAAACCAUUGAUGCUUCAGCUGUCAUAUUGAUGCUAAUGUUAGCUCUGCGUUAAGUUGUACACCACCGCCAUCUAGUGGUGCUGAUAGAGAACUGCAUCACAAAGAGGUCUGACGAUAACUGCGCUGUCUUUAAAUUAGACGUCUGUACUUUUUGUUUUGAUUAAUUUAAAUGCUCUAUUUUUUCUGUUUUCUGCUCAGAUGACUUCAAACCUGCCUCUAUUGACACAACAUGUGAAGGAGAUCUUGAAGUGGGUAAAGGAGAGCAAGUCACAAUUACUUUACCCAAUUUAGAGGUGAGUAAAGGCCAUGUUUCUACAGAAGCACAGAAUUGCCAAACCAGUUAAAUUCCGUUUUUUUCUUUAUAGUGACUGACCAAAAGAUGUUUUGUCGCAAUAAUGUGUCAAUAUUUCAAUCAGCCCAAAUAGGUGCACAAGUAUCUGUAGGGUAGAGUGGGGUAAGUUGAGCCACCUCCUGUUCCUUGGAAAUGGUAAAAGAAAUUUAUCAUGUGACCAAAUAUUUAGGAGAUGGGCAUCAAUUCAUGGAGUCUGUGAAGGGUAGAAACACAUGAGUGUUGGGGUUAGACAUUUGUUUCCAAAAAAAAAAACAUUUUUCACUCUUGAAAGUGAAGUUAGUCUGUCUUAAGUUUUAUUAGAAUUGUGUUCAGACAAAAAAGAUCAUUUUACAUUUGUUUUAUACAUCAAUAGUUGUAUCUAUGAGCUUCAACAUGAGGUCAAAAACCUAACAUUCAAGUCCCCCAUUUUAGCUUAAAGGACUAAUAAAGUCAUAAUAGUAUCUCUGGGGUAAGUUGAGUCAGUGGCUCAACUGAGAAAGUAAAGGAGUCUGAUGAGAGGAUCAGAGUUUUAAUUCAGAUUGUUGAAAUGUUUUACUUUUUCUUUUCUAGAAUACAGCUGUGAAUGUUCUGAAUCACUUAAAGACAUUCUCAUGUUAAAAUGACUUUUUUACAAAACAGCUUUUUAGCAGUUAUAUGCAAUAAUAAUAAAUAGAGUUAUUGUAACAGUUGAAUAUCGUAUAAUAGAUAAAAAUACACAUGGAUGUGAAGAAGUGACUGUUAUUUAGGGAGAGAGAAGGUGAGGGAGGGCUGGGGUGAGAGUGGAGGGGUAGUAGGGAUACGGCUCAACUUACCCCACUCCUAUGGUCAACUUACCCCUUAAGUUUCAUAGGAGACCACUUUUUUUGGCAUGCUAUAUUAUCAAGACAGUUAUGUUUACACUCUUUCUGUUGGUUUACAGCGAUGCACUAUAAUUGCCUUGAUGUAGUGAUCUGAAAUAUGAAAAAUGGCUCAUCUUACCCCACUCUCCCCUAUAUGUUUUGGACUUGCUCACAUCACUCAUAAGAACUAUGUUACCAUCCUUCAUGUUAAGGGCCUUUUCCACAUAAAAUGUCAGUCAGUUACAUCUCCCUGAGCCUAAGAUUUUUACUGCUUACUGAGAGAAAUUCUUUUAAUGUUUUCCUUGCUGGGGUUGAUGGACCAGAUGACCAGUAACCAUGUUUAAAUACAAAUCCAAUAAGUAAAAUGACAAAAAGAAAUCCAAAUUUGGGGUAUUCAGAGACUAAGAACUCACAGUUUUUUGAGUCUAACUCUGCUGACGCUGUGUCUGUUUUUCUUUUCGUGUUUUACAGGGUUCAAGUGCUCCAGUGACUGUCUUUAAAGGGUCAAAGAGACCUUAUAUGAAAGAAUGCAUCCUCAUAGUCAAUCAUGACACAGGAGAGUACAGGCUAGAAAAACUGAACAGCAAUAUAGCUGUGAAGAAGACCAGGUAGGUUGAAAAUUAGUUUUAAAUGUUUUUAUUUUAUAUAUUUGAAAUAGCUGUUAUCAUUUGUUCUAUCCAUACACAUGCUUACACUUUAUUAUUUGAAGUUUUAUUUAUAAAUCUGUGUGAAAGUUCCAGCAAAUGAAAACAAAGAGAAAUCAUGGCUUAAGAAAUAUUGAUGUUUAGCUUCUCUGAAGUUACAUAGUUGACAUUAAAACUGAUAGUAAGUGGUGCAGCUGGAUUAUUAUUCGAGACGUUACUUGAACCACUUUAAAAGAAAAAAAAAUCCAUGUGUCAUUGUUUGCAUUGUGCGUGGAUAUAUCUAGGGCUGAAGGCAGCAGUAAGAUCCAUUCUCGCCUGGAACAGCAGACCAGCCGCCUCAGCCAGCAGAUGAAGAGCAACAGCAGUAGCAGCAACAAGACAUCAACCAGCUCAAAGAGCUCUCCACCCAAAGAGAAGACCUCCCCAGCAUCGCCCAUGGAUGACAUUGAAAGAGGUCUGAAAUCUCUGUUUUGUUGGGUUUCAUACCACAGUCUGGUUAGUGAUUGUAAUUUGAGUGGUUGAAAUAUUUAACAUGAGCCUUUUUGGCAUGAACUGGGAUUAGUAUCACUUGUGUCCUCAUCUUUGUAUCGAUGCCACUGUGUUCAGAGUUGAUGGCAGAGGCCCGCGUCAUGGACCAGAUGAGCAGUGGCGACAGCUCCUCAGACUCCAACAGCUCCUCGUCUUCCAGCAGUGACGACAGCUCCAGCAGCAGCGACUCUGAGGACGAACGGACUCGUGCGCCGCCCCCGGCCCCAGCAAACCACAGCAUGCCGAUCAUCAACACCGGCAGCAGUACCAACAGCGGCCACCAGGAGAGAGGAGGGGGGCUCAUGAACACACUUAGUGAGUAGAUGUGGAAGAAAAGCAAAAUAAAAGCACAACAAAAUUGUUUUUUUUUUUGUUUACCAUUAAACAUAGGGAAAUAAAAAGAAUAUUGUAUGAUCACGUUUUAUGGUAAUGGUAAUGGUGAAGUGAAAACUGGCUAUCAUGACUGCCCUAAUCUGAAACUCAGUUAAUAUGCCACCAAAAAUACCCCAAAAGUUUUUUCAUCUUUGCCUCAUGAUCAUUUUCUACCGCAUCAUUUGGGAAUUAUUUUUAAAAAAAACAUGCUUUUUACGUUUUAUUUCAAAAUUAAAGUUUAAUUUGCUCCACUGCCUCUUUUCUCUUUUCAGAGAAUGACCUGCAGUUGAGUGAAUCCGGCAGUGAAAGUGACUGAACAUGAAGAGGUGCGCCCCCCUGUGGACAGAGUGAGAGCGAUCAGUGAGGAGUAAACUGAAAGAGCCACAGACAUAUCAGUGCUUUGCUUCCUAUAAUGUGAGACUGUCUUAUUUUCAUAUCUGCUUACAAAUACAUGUAUUUUUGCCUUUCUGCCAACAAACUCUCUUAUUUAAGAUUCUCAGAUUUUUUUUACUUGGAGGUCUUUAUUUUCUGAGUAAAGACUAGAUGUUCCAGAGACGCCUUAAGUAGACCGAGGAGAAGUAAGAUGGCAGUGAAAGUGACACAUUAUGAGUUAAUGUUUCAUCUCACUGGAUGUAUGGUUACACUGACCAAACAUAUCAGAGCAAGAAUCACAGGAUUAUUUUUGUAGUGUAGAUGGAUGUUUGUUUUAAAGGACAUCUAGAGGUUUAGCAUUACAUCUGAGCAACUUUAGAUAAUUAGGGACGAUAGUUUAGCUUUAGUCAGAGCCAGUAAAAGCUUCAGUUUGGCACAUUCGUCUCUGAUUGGAGGCAAUCGUAACAUAAUUGAGCAACACUGACCCAAAAAAGUUUUUCUCUUGGAGUUAUUAUUAAUUAAUGUUUGAGUAUUUGCUUUUGAUAACUGGAGCCCAGCUAAUUUAUUUAAAAGCUGCAUACAUUAUGAUUUAAAUUAUUUGGCCACUUUAGAACAGUGGAACAAACCGUAACUUACAAUUGAUGAACUGUAAAAAUUGUGUUUAUGCAAAAGUGUUAGUAAGAGUUGCCCAAUUUCUAAGUUACAGAUGAGCUUCUCAACUCAUUUGUAGUUUUUUUUUUUUUCCAAUCUUGAGUUGAAAAGUCUUACAUUUACUCUCCUUCAAGUUCUGUUUUAGUCACAAAGAGCCUGAAAAAAGUCUUAGAGCACUCUUUAGUUGCUGGAUGCUUCCGAUGUUUCACAACAGCCUUUUUAGGAAGAAAAUAGCUAAUUUUGUGACCAGAAAAUCAUCUGAAAGCAGCCAGUGAGCAAAAGACAGGCUCCAAAAGCACAGGAAGAUCUGUUAUAUAUCAUUUUUUUCUUACUUUAUCAUAAAAAUACUGGUUUUGCAGCUUUGAGGAUCAACAAAGGUCUUAAUCUUUAUUUUUUGAAAUAUUUUAGUGCCUGCUGCACACAAAUCGGCCAACUGUGUUAACUUAUUCAAGAUUAUGAUUUGUAGCUUUAAACCUGCAAUACUUGAAUCGAAUUAUUUAUGUUUCAAAAAUAUAUUCCACCAACAGUGAAUUGCUUAAUAUAUUUGAUAUAGUAUAUUUGAAAAGCAGAGAAAUUGGAAUCUGAAGUUAGCAGUAGCUGUAUUGUGACACAAGCCAAAUACUUUGAUAUAUCGGUUAAAUAUGAGCCUUGAGUAACUUAAUGUGCCUUGAGGCCCUCUGCUUGUUUUGACACAAGCUCUUGAUCUCUGCUGAGCCUCCCAGGAGCACAGGAAACUGCUGUUUAUGUUCCAGCCUUUCUUUAGAGUCAGGGCGGACUGAUAAAGUGAGAAACUGAGAGGGAGGUAUCUUUCAGUUUCAGAUGAACUGUGGCCUCAGAACCAUUUGUAAACUAUUUGGGAGGACUUUCUUUGUAGCGGAAUAAAGAUUUUAAGAGUA